CUUCAAUUGUAAUAACUUUGUUCCCCUAAUUUGUCCUCUAGCGCCACCAUCAGGUCAUAAUUUCUUCCUUCUUUACUUUGAUUAAUGAGAAUAUAUUUGCCAAACUCAUGACAUUCCCACUGGCCUCCGUUCUACGUUUAUUUCUAAAAUUAGUAUGCUGACCCACAAACUAAAAUGAUGGAAAUGGUCAACAUUAUAUGUGCUAAACGCAAUGACAGUAUGAAGAAUGGGCAGAGCUUGAGUGAUGUCACCCGUUUCUGAUGUCAAAACACAUACCGUGUCCAAAUUGCGUAACACUUGCUAGUUGUUUAUGUGAGUAAACCUCAAAUCAAAUAUCUCUUGUUCCCACUCUUGUGUGAGUGAGUCUCUCUUACAUGCUCUGAUAGCUGUAAUCCCCUCAUUGUGACUCUCACAUGAUGAAGAAAUCCCACGCCUCACAGCAGCCAGAGGCAUGGUUACUCCGCCUCAGCUCACAUGCUGCUCUGUUCAUACUGUAGCUUAUGCUCCACUUAAGCUUGUGUCAUUCUGACCGGCUAAAAGCACAGGGAGAUUCAUCUCCUAGUGGCUGACAACAUGAAGAGAUAUUUCACGCUAAAAAGGAUUUCUUUGCCGUGGUCGAGGAGGGACACCACGCAGAAUGAGUCCAGUCCCCUCAUACCAAAGGCGAGCUCUACAAAAGAAGACACUGAAGAGCUUGGCAAUGUCAUUUCUGACUUUCACCAAGCAGGGCCAACCAACGGACAGGACAACAACAUUCCUGUAUCCACACGCGUCCGACCCCACUACAGAUAUUCUUUGACGGACUAUUUCCUCAAAUAUUUCCUGUUCCUAUGCAAUCUGGUGUUCUCAGUUCUUGGCCUGGUGGUUCUUGGUCUGGGAAUGUGGGGCCUCAUCAGUAAAGAGUCAUUUGCUCAGGAGAAGAUCGGCAGUAUCGGCACUGACCCAAUGCUGAUGCUUGUGACUCUGGGCUUUGUGCUGACUAUGCUCUGCCUGUCAGGUUGUGUGGGCGCUUUAAGAGAGAACUGCUCCUUACUGAAGCUGUUCUCUGCCACCGUGCUGGUGCUCAUUACAGUCCAAGUGCUGGCCGCCAUUAUGGCGUACAGUCUACAAGAUCAGAUUGGAGGCUUCCUGCGGUCAGGGAUGUUAACUGCCAUGGUGCGCUACCAGGAUGAUCUGGAUUUGAGGUUCAUCACAGACGAGAUUCAGUCAAAUCUGCAAUGCUGUGGGGCGGAUAACUACCGUGAUUGGGAGAUCAACAUAUAUUACAACUGCUCAGCUCCCGGAGUUUUGGCCUGUGGUGUUCCUGUAACAUGCUGUGUGGACCCUUUGGAAAAUGGCACAGUGUUAAAUUCUCAAUGCGGUGUCAGGGCGCAGCAGCUGGAUGAGUUUACUGCUCAGAGUGUGAUCUUUCUGGGAGGUUGUCUGGGGGGAAUCUCUCGUUGGAUCGAGCAGCACAAGGGCCUGAUAGAGACAAUAGGAAUUGUUGUUCUGGUGGUCCAGAUUCUGACCCUGUUUAUCAGUACACGGCUGAUAGAAACCAUCCAGUGGCAUAAGGUUCACAUAUAACCUUAUAUAUUCACUGGAUAGGGAAUAUAUUGUAUGCUGAUAUUUAAUGAGUGCUGAAUGUUUUUGGAUCUCCACCUUGUUCAUCACCUGUAGUAAAUAUCCAUUCUCAACAAAACUCAGCUUGACUGUGUGCAUUAUACAUCAUCAACUGAAAAAAACACGUUUUAAUUCAGAAAGGAAGUCCAUCAAAAGAACCCUAAACAUUUAAGGGACCAGUUUGUAGGAUAUAGUGGAAUCUAGUUGUGUAAUUGAUGAUUACAAUCCCCUCACCUCACCUUUUCCUUCCAAUCAUGAGCGAGAAACUACAAUGGCUGUAGACACACAAAAAAAAUGCAAAAAGCACCAUCUAGAGC